AUGUUCAAAGAAAAUAGCAGAAGUAGUCAAGGAUUUGUGAAUAACAAUGCUAUUCCCAUAGGGGAUUGUUGUGACAGUAGUGGUAUUCCUGAUGAGUUUAAGAAAUGGGGAGAAGAAGAAGAAGAAAAAGAAGAUCAAAGCAAAUUAAUGGAAAAUACUUUACAUACAUUUGAUAAUAUAAAGAAUGAAAAAAAUAUAUUUUCCAAGAUAAUAGAAAAUAUAAAUACCUUUUUGAGGAAUUUAAAAGAAGAAAAUAAAUAUUAUGAAUUCCUUUUUUCGUAUAAUCUAUUUGUUAAAAGAUAUGAGGCACUAAGUGAUUAUACUUUUUUUAAAAAAAUCAUAGAAAAAAUUAACAAGUUAGAUAUAAUUGAUGUGUGUAUCUCUUUUAAUUUUAAUAAUGAUAGCAUAUUUCAAAUGUUAUUGUCUGCUUACCACGAAUUGCAUUUAAAUGAAGCAAACAAUAUUUAUGACGUUCUCUUCGAAUUAACCAAUAUAAUCAUAGAUGGCUUUGACAUUUUUACAGGCCAAAAUGAAAUUGACUCAGAAUUUGUAGACAUAUUUUUUUCCAAUUAUAAAUUAAAGAGAAUUUCUAGGAAACAAAUAAAAAAUGUGUUUAGAUAUGUGAGAGAACACCAGGAUAACUAUACCACUGUUCUUUUUUGCUUAUUGGAUUUUUGUCUAAAUUUAAUUAAUAAUAUCUACGCAGUGCUAUUAGAUGGAUCAGUUGAGUGUAACACAUAUUCAAACGAAUUGGUUAUUAUAAAGAGAGGAUACCCCUCUAGAGGAAACCGAGAACAUUUAUGUCAACAUAUUGAACAAAAUUGCAUGAACAGUUUAGAUCAAAACUCUGAUGAUGAGAAUCAUAUGAAUAACCUCAAGGACAAGCAUAAUGCCCACUACCGGAGUAUCAAAAACCAAGUGGAAUUGCUUGAUUCUGUCGAAGGAAAAUGGGAAAAAUUAACAAAUGAUGAAUGUAGUGGAAAAAUCACAAAACAAAAUAAGGAGCAAGGAAAAUAUUCGGAAAAUGAUAUAAUUUUCCAAAAAAAGAUUAAAAAGAAUUCUAGAAAAAGAUUAACAACUUAUGUAAAGGAGGACUCAAUUGAACAUAUAUUCAUAUGUUCCUUUGAAGACAAAAGUGUCUAUCUGAAAAAUGGAUAUUAUCAAAAGGAACAUAGGGAUGAUGAUUUGAACUACACAAAAAUAAAUGAAGAUAGAAGUAAAUUUGUGUACGAAAUAAAAUCGAGAAAUGUUAAUUUAUAUAUAUUAAAAGUUCUUGUGUGUACAAUUUUGAAAGCAAUGAAAAUAACACAAUACCUUAGUGAAGAUUCUCAUAAAAGGGUGCUUUCCUUUUUUAACGAAGUUUUAAGUGAUAUAAUGAAAUGCAUUUAUCAAAAAAAUGAUGUUCUUUUUCUGAAUCUCUUCUUUACAGAUAUAUUGAAAAGUAUGCUUGUUAUGAUUUCAUAUUAUAAUGAAAAUAUUGAACAUACUCCAAAACAAACCAUGUUAUUUUACAAAUGCUUUAAUAAAGUCAUCGAUCAGAUAUGUAUAUACUUACAUAAUAAAAAGUUCUUUAACGAAAUAUAUUACGAAAGAGGAGAAGAAGCAGAGUUUCGAUGUCACCAGAAAUAUGCACACAAUUUUGACAAAACAUGUUACAUGCUCUUCUCCAUAUUGUAUGAAAUUUUAAAGAAGACGAAUUUGGUUAACAACGAAAUUUUUUUAUUUUUCUGCUGUGUCGUAGAUGUAGAAGAAGAGUUGAAAUUACAAAAUCCUGUACAAACUGGGACAUUAAACCAAUCAAGUGAAAAGCAUAUCUUAAAAUCAUAUGACAGGAUGGCGCUAUAUCUAAAUAGAAAUUUUUUGAGUAAUUGUAGAGAACACAUGAGAGAAAAAAAUAUAAAUAGAAUUAUUACAAUUUUUAUUUUUUUAGAGAAGAAAAUUAAAAAAUAUUUUUUUUUUUUCAAAUAUGUUUUUGGUUUUGUCUGGGACAAGUUUGAUCGAAUGGAUUUGAAAAAAAAAAAAAAAAAAAAAAAAAAAAAAAAAAACAUACACACUUCAUUAUGCACACAUUGGAAAAAUAGACCUGGUCUCAAGGUGUCUGGAAAAAUGAAAAUAAUUUUGAAAAGAAUAAAAUAUAUCUUGUUAGACAUGUUUACAAAGUACACAAAAUUAUUGAUCAUGUACAAAUUCCAUUUUGACAAAAGUGCACAUGUAGAAAAGAAAAAAAAAAAAAAGAAACCCUUCUCAGACGAAUUUUAUUUAUAUAUGAAGUCUAUCGAAUGCCUACUUUUUUCCAUUUUCAUCUAUUGCCCUAACGGCAUAAUAACAAAACUCAAUGCAUAUGCAACAGAUAUUUCUAAGCUGCUUAAGCUAGCCAAGCACACUCAAGGGAAAAGAAAUAAAUUCCUAUCGUUCAAUCGAGAAUUAUAUUCUUUUAGUCAUCUACAGUGUGAUAUAUCAAGUAAAUCAUCCAGUAUUGGUGUGUCAAGCGAAGAGUCACCGGGUGAGGGGAAAAUCGAACCUACAGACCUUCCAGAAACAGUCCAUACAUCAGGAGAUGAUGGUCGUGGAUUCCCUGUCGGGAGAGUUUCUCUUCUCGGGAGUGAUUCCUCUGUUGGGAGUGAUUCCUCUGUUAGAAAAAAUUUCCCGAGUGAUGAAAAGUUUCAAAUGAAAUGCAAACCGAGGGCAGACAUGCAUUUUCCUCAGUCGAAGCACAGUAAAAACAUAAGCAACCAAUGUGAUCUCAUUGUUCUAAACGUUUUUGGAAUAAUUUAUAUGAACAUCAUGGAAGAGGUAACCAUCCACAAGUACAGAUAUGUAUAUUUUAAGCAUUCUUUGUUGCAUGCCGAAUUUGUGAAAAAGUUACACAUCAUCCUGCUUAGUAAGGAUACACAAGAUAUUACUAUUGGUAAGCAUGAAUAUGACAAAAACGGAAGUAAUAUCGAUGAGAAUAAGACUCAGAGUGAUAGUUUAGAAGGACAAGAGGGAACAGUGAAGGAAGGAAACAUAAAUAACUUAGGCUAUUAUUUCAAAUUUCCAUUCGAAGUUUUAUGCUCAAUUAUUAUCUAUCAGUUAAAAUGUUUCUCAAAUGAUACAUUAAAAUGUUACAAAAUAUGCACAAUCCUUGUUGAAUUUCUCUUUUACAUUAGUUCAUCUAUAAAUCCAUAUUUUUUCAGUAUUUCAAGAAAGAUGUGGGAACAGCUGGGGUAUCAGAUGAAUAAAGAGGAAGAGAUUGUGGCUUUAACAAACUUAACUAAGAUUGUGUUUUAUACCCUUUCUACUAAAAAGAAAGAAGAUGAUGUAGAUACGAGUAAUAAGAACGACCGAUUAUUCACAAAAAGUAUUCGAAAUAAUGACAAACAAAAUUUGUUAUGUUCAUUUUUGAGGAAGCAACUUGUUAUUAACCAUUUAGGGAAGAAUUAUGUCUUCUUUUAUGGUACUCUUUUAAGAACUAUAGAUUCUGAGGAAAUGGCAGCAGGGAUCAUGAGUCUUUUUUUUUGCACUUUUCAUGUGAAUUUACAGUAUACCCUGAACGUGUUGCUUCAAUUUUUGAACAUGUAUGAACGAGAUGUAGAAAAGAUGGAGUGGGGAUCAGUGGGAAAGGAAGUAGGUUCAAAAAUGGGGAAGGAAGUAGAUCCAGAAAUAGGGAAGGAGGUAGAUCCAGAAAUAGGGAAGGAGGUAGAUCCAGAAAUGGGGAAGGAAGUAGAUACAGAAAUGGGGAAGGAAGUAGAUCCAGAAAUGGGGAAGGAAGUAGAUCCAGAAAUGGGGAAGGAGGUAGAUCCAGAAAUGGGGAAGGAAGUAGAUCCAGAAAUGGGGAAGGAAGUAGAUCCAGAAAUAGGAUCAGAUGUGGGGGGGUUGAAGCUAGUAGAUGGAGGAGAGAAGGUACAGGAGGAGGAAGGAAAAAUAAUGUCUCUCUUCGUCUAUUUGGACAUUGUGAAAGCACUUCCAGGGAACUUUCUAAAUAUAGUAAAGGAUAUAAAUUUAAUGAGAGAAAUUCAAAGCACCUUUCUCUUUUUCAUAUACACAAAUGAUGAGUAUAGACUACUGGAACAUCGCGAGGAAGAACACAAGUAUAUCACUAUGGUGGAAAAAAUGAAACAAAGUGAUAAGAACUACUACUAUAGCAGUGCAAAGAUAUACUUCCCUCUAGUAAUAUCCUCCUUAAUAUCACAUUAUUUGUUUUUUCUUGUAAAAGACGGAACAUUCCACAUUCCUCGUACACUAAUUUCUAGCUUUUAUAAAAAUUUUUUUAGCAACAGGUAUUUGUACACAAUGUGUUCUAACUAUGUAUACAUGAAAAUUUUGAACGACUCUUUUGUCAUUUUGUUGUUCCUCUGGGGGGUAGGAUUGGAAGAAGAAGAAGAAGAAGAAGAAGAAGAAGAAGAGGAAGAAGAAAAUAUGCACAUCUGCCAAGAUGAUGGACGAGAUGCUCAUACUAAUGCACGUGAGACCGUAAGAGAAUAUAAGACACUUAAAGAAAUGAGUCGUAUGCAAAAUUACACAUGGGAUGACAAUGAUACACCGAGUAUAAAAACAGGAGAAAACAAUUUAUACCAAUCGAACUAUUCGCAAAAGUUGAACAAUUUGUCGUUAUGCCUGUUCAGAGUGUACAUAUAUUUCCUGGAAGAAUAUUCUAUGAUGUUUUACUCAUCCAUCAUUAUGCUGAUAAAAAAUAAAAUAAUGUUCCCUAGGAAGGAGCCAAACUUGACAACUUUUUGUGAACACUUGUAUAUCGAUUUGAAUAAGGAGGAAAAAUACACCACGUCAUUUAGGCAUAUAAUGCUUACCUUCUUGGAUGUUUUUUUUUGUAAAUCCGAUAUGGAAUUGCAAAAUUGGAACAAAAUCAUAAUGGAGAUAAUCAUGUUCCAUUUAGGAGUGGACAUGCACAAAGAUAAGCUACAAUUGUUGAAAGUUGAAAGGCAAAAAUUUUUGAUCACUUUUUUUCGAAAUACUGUUCUUGGUAGCCAUAAUUUGGCAUGUGAUUAUUUAAAACAGCAAUCUUUGAAACUUCUUAAAAGAAAAGUAAGAAAUUACGUGAUAUGUGGUCAUGACUUGGAGGAAUUGACGAAUCUAUUCUUCAGCUUGAGCUACUGGAUUCGAAGUUUGAUGCGCGUGCAUCUAUAA